AUGGGCAAGAAAAAGCGCGGUCAUCCCGACAUCGAGGAGGUUCUCGCUCGUCCUUGGUGCUACUACUGCGAACGCGACUUUGAUGAUUUGAAGAUUCUCAUCUCACAUCAAAAGGCAAAGCAUUACAAGUGCGACAGAUGCGGACGCCGACUCAAUACAGCUGGAGGUAUGUUGACGCGAGUGUCAGAGGUAUGGUCGAUACUGACUAAGAGCNNAGGUUUGUCUGUUCACAUGAACCAAGUACACAAGGAGAAUCUGACUACGGUGGAAAAUGCUCUACCCAAUCGCUCCGCUCCCGAUAUCGAAAUUUUCGGCAUGGAAGGCAUUCCCGAUGAUGUUAUGCAGCAACACAACCAGCGCGUCAGCCACGAAUUCUUCGCCGCCGAGGCCGAUCGUCGCGCUGCUUCAGGCAAUCCUGUUCCUGGUUCAUCGGUUCAAGGAGCUGCAGGUACGAAGAAGCCGAAGCUCGAAUCACCAGCCGAGCUGAAGGCACGCUUGGCUGAGCACAAGGCGAGAAAGGCAGCUGAGAAGUCAGGCUUGGGGAGCGCUCCUGACACUCCUGCCGACGUCGCCACUCCUCCUCAAUACCAGUCAAGCUUCCCUCCUCCUUCAGCACGACAAGCCGCCAGUCCACCUCCCACCGCUUACCCUCCCCAGCCUUACGGCCAAGCUCCAGCUGGGUAUGGUCAACAACCUCCACCCUUCAACUAUGGCGAACCGCCGUACGGAGCACCUCCAGGGCCCUUCCCGCCAGGUCAGUUUGGAUCCCAGCCAUCAUAUUCACCCUCACAGCCAUAUGGCGGUCAAGGCCCUCCUGCGCCGUUUGCCCCUCCCGCUCAGUAUGCCUACCCGCCGCACUCGGCAAGCCCGCCUCAAUAUCAGAAUUCCCGCCACGCUCCGCCCAUGAGUCCACCUGCACAGGACUUGCCGACGCGCCAGAAUAGCCUUCCUUCGGCUCCAGGCCUGCCGCAGCGCCCAACCUUCAACGCUCCUCAUGUUAGCAGGGAGCAACUAGCGGAAAUGCACAGUGGAAAUAUGGGCGGUCCUGUUGCUCCCCCACAAGAGUCUGGUGCUAACGCAACAAGCGUGGAUGAACUUAUCUCGGGCGCUGCAGCCCAGCAAUCCGCAAAGUCCGCUCCGUCACAACAACCANNACGCCUACUCCAGCUCCGGAGAAGGGAAGCCGAAGGAGGUAGCAAGAAGUCCAAGAAGGCCACACGUCUGGUCUAUUCUGAUCAAGAAGUGUCCCCUGAAGAAAAGAUGGCCCAAAUGCCCAGGUACGCCUUUACUCCAGACAAAGGUGGCGAAACUUACCUGGCCCCCGUCGAGGCAAAUGUUACCGGCGUCGUUCGGGGCCCUGACGAUGUGCUCGAUGCACAGGGGUAG